AGCAGCAACAGUGGAAAGAUUUCAUAGGCCAAAGUGAAUACCCUGAGGACUCAAGGAGUCACACGCCCCUAACAGUAGGAGAACUUGAAAGCAUUAGUUUCUUACAAGUGUCCAGCUUCAGGACACCAAAGACAGGUUUCCCAACGGACUGGCUGAUUUGGGAACGGGAGCCCUGUGGGUUUUUAGAGAAGUGCCCUCGAGGAAAACCACAAAUGUAACCACCAGCCAAGGUGGUGUAUUCAUGCUGAAGGUGGGCACAUCCCGUUAAACUGUCUUCCUUCAGUGGGCCCUCAUUGCCUGCUCUCCCACUCACACUCCUGACCACUGUCUGUGAUCAUACUCAUUAUGCCUCGGAGUCAGAAGAGUAAGCACCGCACUCGUGAGAAACGCCACCAGUCUCACAGUAACUCCCAGAAUCACAAGGGAGCUCAGGCCCCUGUAGCAAUGGAAGAGGCCCCCACCUCCUCUUCUCCUGUUUUGGAGGGUAAUGCCCAAAAUCUAUCAGCUACAGAGUCAACUAGCACUUCCCAGGAGUCUUGGGGUGGCCCAUCUACCACCAUUACCUCUUCAGAUAUUUCUGGUACAAGAUCUGAUGAGCGUGAGGACAGACAAGAUAAGGAGCACCUAUGUUUCCCUAAGGUCUCAUUUUCUACUAAGAGCUCAUGCAUUGAUAUUCUAACUAUGAAGGUGGGUUUGCUGGAACAGUUUCUUCUGUACAAAUAUAAAAUGAAACAGCCCAUUGUGAAGGAAGACAUGAUGAAGGUUAUUGGCCAAAAUUACAAAAACCAAUAUCCUGAGAUCCUUAAGAGAGCCUCUGAACGCAUUGAGGUUGUCUUUGCAGUUGAAUUGAAAGAAGUUGAUUCAACCAGACACUCCUAUGACCUGGUCAGCAAAGUGAAACUCCCUAACAAUGGGAGGGUGCGUGCUGGCAGGGGGUUACCCAAGACCGGUCUCCUGAUGACAGUCCUGGGUGUGAUCUUCAUGAAGGGCAACUGUGCUGCUGAGGAAGACAUCUGGAAAUUCCUGGGUAUGAUGCGAGUAUUUGCUGGGAGGAAGCAUUUCAUCUAUGGUGAGCCCAGAAAGCUCAUUACCAAAGACUUGGUGAGACUACAGUACCUGGAGUACCGCCAAGUACUGAACAGUGAACCUCCACGCUACGAGUUCCUGUGGGGUCCAAAAGCUCAAGCUGAAACCAGCAAGAUGAAAGUCCUGGAAUAUUUGGCCAAGGUCAAUGAUACAGUUCCCAAUGUCUUCUCAUUAAGAUAUGAAGAAGCUUUGAGAGAUGAAGAAGCAAGAGCCCGAGCCAGACCUACCACAACAGCCAGUGUGCAUUACAGGGGCACAUCCAGCAGUUUCUCCCACUCCUAUUAAAAUCUGAGGUUUCAAAAAAAAUCAUCUAAAUAAGAAAUUAUGACAUCAUCGUAGGGGUUUUCAGGGAAAUGUGGAAGAAUCCCACAGUAAAUUUACUGUGAUAAAGGAAUAUAAAAAAU